AUAAUCUUUUUUAAAAAAAGAAAAGGAAAAAAAUCCAUAUUCAAGUACCCAUAUGGGAUAUCUAAGCAAGUUGAAAUUUUUAACCAAACAAAAAUUGUACAGGCUCACAGUUCCAAGAGAUCAAAAUUGCUGCUGCCGUUGGCUAUCUGCUGAUAUAUUAGGCUCCAAGGUUCAAAAUACAUCGGAAAAGAAAAUCACACAUCACCUCAACCGCUGGAUUCCUCAAACUCAGUACAACAUUCCUAAGAUUCAGCCAGGGAUGGUUUCAAGAACAGCAGUUGUCUUGAUGAUUGGUCUUCUGGGAAUGGUUUACCAGGCCACACAGCUUCCUCCACCUCAGAGGGAUAUUCCUCAUGUGAAUUCUCCAAGAAUUAGACUCAGUGAUGGAAGAUAUCUGGCUUACAGAGAGAAGGGAGUCCCCAAGAACAAAUCCAAGUAUAAGAUCAUUAUUGUUCAUGGCUUUGGGAGCUCAAAAGAAAUGAACUUUCUGGCACCUCAAGAACUCAUAGAGGAGCUGGGGAUGUAUUUUCUGCUGUUUGAUCGAGCUGGGUAUGGAGAAAGUGAUCCAAACCCAAAGCGAACUGUAAAGAGUGAAGCACUUGACAUUGAAGAACUUGCUGAUCAGCUGCAGAUAGGAUCCAAGUUUUAUGUGAUAGGAGUCUCAAUGGGAUCAUACCCAAUCUGGAGUUGCCUCAAAUAUAUACCACACAGGCUAGCGGGUGCAUCACUAAUAGUUCCAGUUGUCAAUUAUAGAUGGCCUUCUCUUCCUCAAAAUUUGAUAAGAGAGGACUAUAGAAGGAAACUUGUCCAGUGGGCGCUCUGGUUUUCAAAGUAUGCCCCUGGACUACUACACUGGUGGGUUACUCAGCAAUGGAUCCCUUCAACUUCUGUCCUGGAAAGGAACCCACUAUUUUUUAGCACUGAAGAUAUAGAGAUCUUGAAGAAGAUACCAGGUUUCCCAAUGUUAAGCAAGGAUAGAUUACAACAACAAGAUGUUUUUGAUACUCUCCGUCAUGAUUUUAUGGUUGGCUUUGGAGAUUGGGACUUUGAUCCAAUUCAGCUAAGAAAUCCAUUUCCUCAAAAUGAAAGCUCUGUUCACAUCUGGCAAGGUUAUGAAGAUAAGGUUGUGCCAUUUCAACUUCAAAGAUAUAUUUCAGGAAAGCUACCCUGGAUUCGAUAUCAUGAAGUUCCUCGUGGUGGACAUCUAAUUGUGCAUUAUAGUGGUUUAUGUGAGGCUGUUUUGAAAGCACUUUUACUUGGAGAAGAACCUCUUAAAUUAGAACAAGUGCAUCCAUAAUUGCUUGUUAAUUUAUCACAUAGACAUUCCAUUAUUCAAAAUGUUUUUCAUGUAAGUAGAUUGAAUUUUAGAGAAUGUACACAUGUGUCAAAUUACAUUUUCAAAAUGUUUUUCAUGUAAGUAGAUUGAUUUAUAGAGAAUGUAAACAUGUGUUAAAUUACAUUUGUCAUUUGAAACGUUGAAAUGGAUAUAAUUCUUUCUUUUGUGUGUGUA